UGUUUGUUCUCAGGUUCCCCAAGAUGCUGCAGGUGCCGCUGCCGCUGGACCGGGAUGGGAUCCUGUUCCGGCUGCGUUUCACCACGCUGGCCCUGGGCACCGUGUUCUGCCCCCUCUUUGGGUUCCUAUUCUGCGUGAUCUGGUCCCUCCUCUUCCACUUCCAUGAGACGACUGCAACCCACUGCGGGGUGCCCAACUACCUGCCGUCCAUCAGCGCGGCCAUCGGGGGCGAGACCCCGCAGCGCUACGUGUGGCGCCUGUGCAUCGGGCUGCACUCGGCCCCCCGCUUCCUCGUGGCCGUGGCCUACUGGAACCACUACCAGAGCUGCCACUGCUCCCACCCCCGCUACCUGCGCCUGUGCCACUGCACCCUGCUGCUCAACCUGCUGGAGAACGUCGCCCUGCUCGUCCUCACCUACGUGUCCUCCUCCGAGAACUAUGCAAUCCAUGAAAAUGCCUUCAUUGUGUUCAUCUCGUCGGCCCUGGGCCACAUGCUGCUCACCUGCAUCCUCUGGAGAAUGACUAAGAAACACACAGUAAGUCCCGAGGUACAGACACUUUCCUUUCUUUUCUCUCU